UUUGUUGCUGCACUGCUGCGGCUCGAGACGAAGCCGGACGAAAAACGUAUGUACUCUUGAAGAAUUGAGUACACUUUCAUUGCAUUGAUUUUGGUGUUUAACAGGCAAUUGUGGAACAAUGCAUACAUUUUUAGAAUUAUGUUUUUUUGGGGGGUUUUUUGUUGAUAAAUUGAGAAAAAACUAUAUUAAUUACAAGUAGCCUUUAACUUCUGGAGCAAUGUUUGCAAUGCAGACUUGGAAUUGAAAUUAUAUAAUAAGGCUACGACGGCACAGUAAAGGAAAAUAGCAUGACCUUUUUUUUUUUGGAUCGGUAUACCUGACCUUGUGCGGAUGUAGUUAAUUGUGGAUGAUGGCUGCAAAAGGUCAUCAGUGUCUGGGGUAUUUUGUGUAGGCGACAGUGCCUGUGUUCUGGAUCUGUGUACAGGAUAAUACAAAUUGACUUUAGUGUACGUAAUGAUAAUAAUUAUAAAUAAAUCUGUUUGAUUCCUUGAUCAGAAAGGUUUUUGGAAAAAGAAGCGUUUGCGAUUGAAGACCACAACGGUGAGAGGUGGUCCCAUAAAAACCCCGUGCGUUCUUUCUUGCAAGUAAGAGGCCAAUUCCAAGAAAACCAGAAAUGGGGUCCAGUAAGCAAAUUAGGGUUUUGCUUCUGAACGAAAUGGAGAAGCUAGACAGGACCCUCUUCAGACUGGAGCAAGGGUAUGAGCUCCAGUUCCGCUUGGGUCCAACUUUGCAGGGAAAAGCUGUGAAUGUUUACACUAACUUUCCCUCCCCCGGAGAGAAGUUUAACCGACAGGCUUUUCGGACUUUGGAGUGGAUUAACCCAACAGGCAGGGAAGAUGACUCUGAUAAAUUCUGUAAACUUGAUCUAACGGUAGCAGGAUCUUAUGAAUAUCAUUUUGAUAAUGGGGAAGAAGUCAAGCAUGGAGGAGGCUAUAUCGUGGUUGACCCUGUAUUGCGAGUUGGGGCUGAUAACCAUGUUCUCCCAUUGGACUGCAUCAGUAUUCAGACAUACCUGUCCAAGUGCCUAGGACCCUUAGAUGAGUGGCCAGACAGACUCCGAGUUGCCAAAGAGUCAGGUUAUAACAUGAUUCAUUUUACGCCACUGCAGACACUGGGUUUGUCUCGGUCAUGCUAUUCCCUGGCUGAUCAGUUAGAGCUCAACCCAGACUUCUCCAGCAAAGAGAAACAAUGCAGCUGGGCAGAUGUUGGAAAACUGGUGGACAAGCUCAAGAUAGAAUGGAAUAUCCUCUGCAUUACUGAUGUGGUCUAUAAUCACACUGCUGCUAACAGUAAGUGGAUUAUGGAACACCCUGAGUGUGGUUAUAACCUUGUGAACUCACCUCACCUGAAACCAGCCUGGCUCUUAGACAGGGCUCUCUGGCAUCUGACAUGUGAUGUAGCUGAUGGAAAGUACAAGGACAAAGGAUUGCCUGCUCUGAUUGAGAAUGAUGAACACUUAAAUGCAAUUCGCAGAGUAAUCUGGGAAGAUGUCUACCCAAGGAUUAAACUGUGGCAGUUUUUCCAAGUAAAUGUGGAAGAAACUGUGGAGCAAUUUCGAAACCUCCUUGUCAAAGGCAAUAGAAUUAGUAUUGUGUCUGAUCCUAAAAAACCUCUCAAGAUCAUUCAGGAUCCUAUGUACAGAAGAUUUGGUAGCACUAUAGAUAUGAACGUAGCACUGGAAACCUUCAUACCAAACAGUAAUGAGCCGUCAGCUAUACUUGAUUGUUGCAACUGGUUCCAUAAGAGGUUAGAGGAGUUGAAUGGAGCGUGUUACAAGCAAUUGCACUAUCACCAGGAGCAGGCUGUUAACUGCGUUCUGGGCAAUGUUGUCUAUGAACGCCUUGCUGACCCAGGUCCCAAGUUGGGCCCAGUGACUCGCAAAGAUCCUUUGGUAACAAGUUAUUUCACAUACAGGUUUGAAGAAAUGAGCCUUGAACUGGAGGAGCAGAUGAUGCACCAGUCUGACAAAGCGUGUCACUUCCUGGCUCACAAUGGCUGGGUGAUGGCGGACGACCCUCUCAGGAACUUUGCCGAGCCAGGCUCAGAUGUUUACCUGAGAAGAGAACUAAUUUGUUGGGGAGACAGCGUCAAACUCCGUUAUGGCAACAGUCCUGAGGACUGCCCUUAUCUUUGGGCUCACAUGAAAAAAUACACCGAAAUCACAGCAAAAUACUUCUGUGGAGUGCGACUCGACAACUGUCACUCCACGCCUAUCCAUGUGGCCGAGGAGAUGCUGGCAGUGGCCAGGUCAGUCAGACCUAAUCUCUAUGUGAUAGCAGAGCUCUUUACAGGCAGUGAACUCAUCGACAAUGUCUUUGUCAACCGCCUGGGGAUUACCAGUUUGAUCAGAGAGGCUAUGAGUGCUUCUAACAGUCGAGAGGAAGGAAGGCUGGUGUACCGGUUUGGGGGAAACCCAGUUGGCUCCUUCUUUCAGCCCUGUCUGAGGCCUUUAGUACCCAGCAUCGCUCACGCGCUCUUUAUGGACAUUACCCAUGACAACGAAUGCCCUAUUCAACUUCGCUCCAUGUAUGAUUCUCUCCCCAGUUCAGCAAUUGUCUCCAUGGCAUGCUGUGCUACAGGAAGUACAAGGGGAUAUGAUGAAAUGGUGCCUCAUCAAAUCUCUGUGGUUAAGGAAGAACGGUUUUAUCCCAAGUGGAACCCUAAAGCACAGGCUUCGUCCCUGGGGGAGGUGAACUUGCAGAGUGGCAUCAUCGCUGGGAAGGUGGCCCUCAACAAACUGCACCAGGAACUGGCAGCUAAGGGCUUUGGCCAGGUGUACGUGGAUCAGGUAGACGAGGACAUUGUUGCGGUGACCAGGCACUGCCCCAGCUCCCACCAGUCGGUCGUAGCUGUGUCACGUACUGCCUUCAGAAACCCCAAGACCUCCUUCUUCAGAAGUGAUGUCCCUCCCAUGUGCAUCCCAGGUAAAAUAGAAGAGGUGGUGCUGGAGGCCAGGACAGUGGAAAGAGCUGCUGUGCCUUACCGAAAGGAUGAGGAGAGCAUUAAUGGCCUGCCUGAGGGUACAGUGGAGAUCACAGAACAUAUUAAGCUAAAUGACAGCAAGAUUGUAAAGCAGGCAGUGACAGCCAAGGUUCCCCAUGAAUUUGUGCAAGAAAUCGAGUUUGAACAUCUAACUCCUGGGAGCGUGAUUGUCUUCAGAGUGAGUCUGGACCCAAAAGCUCAGGAAUAUGUCGGCUUGCUCCGAAAUCAACUUGCCCAGUUUAGCCCUCACUUUAAAUCGAGCAGUCUUCAUGAUGACAACGCAGACCCCAUACUUAAAACACCAUUUACAACUAUUGCGUCGGCGCUGUCCCUUGCUGACAUGAAUGUGCUCCUGUUCCGUUGUAAUGAGGAGGAGCAAGAGGAUGGUGGCGGGUGUUACAACAUCCCAUCCUGGACGGCUCUCAAAUAUGCAGGACUGCAAGGCCAAAUGACAGUAAUGGCAGAUAUCCGUCCUAAGAAUGACCUUGGUCACCCUUUCUGUGAUAACCUGCGGACAGGAGACUGGAUGAUGGAGUAUAUUUGCAACCGUUUAAUAACACGCGGAGGAACCUUGGGAGAGGUAGGAAAGUGGUUCCAGGCUAUGUUCACAUACCUGCAGCACCUUCCUCGCUAUCUCAUCCCAUGCUACUUUGAUGCCAUUCUCAUUGGUGCCUAUACCAGCCUUCUAGAUGCCACCUGGAAGCAGAUGUCAAGUUUUGUUCAGAAUGGUUCCACCUUUGUGAAGCAUCUGGCUAUGGGCUCGGUGCAGAUGUGUGGAGUGGGAGGAUUUCCUGACCUCCCUCCACUGUCCCCUGCACUGCAGGGUGUUCCGUACCGCGUCAGCAACAUCAGCAAGGAGAAGGAACAGUGCUGUGUAUCCUUAGCUGCCGGGUUGCCUCACUUUUCCUCUGGUAUUUUCCGGUCCUGGGGGCGAGACACGUUCAUUGCACUGAGAGGACUGAUGCUGGUGACUGGUAGACACCUGGAAGCCAGAAACAUAAUCCUUGCUUUUGCUGGCACGUUGAGACAUGGUCUGAUCCCGAAUCUUCUGGGCCAGGGUAUCUAUGCCAGGUACAAUUGUAGAGAUGCUGUGUGGUGGUGGCUGCAGUGCAUCCAAGACUACUGUAAGAUCGUUCCAAAUGGGACUGAUAUUCUCAAGUGCCCUGUAUCCAGAAUGUACCCCACUGACGACUCGGAACCACUGCCUGCUGGAACAGUGGAUCAACCCCUUUAUGAUGUCAUCCACGAGGCAAUGCAGCGUCACAUGCAGGGAAUAGAGUUCAGAGAAAGGAAUGCUGGGUCUCAGCUGGACCGCCACAUGAGGGAUGAAGGCUUCAAUGUCUUGACUGCAGUGGACUCUGCAACUGGCUUUGUAUUUGGAGGAAAUCGAUACAAUUGUGGUACAUGGAUGGAUAAAAUGGGAGAAAGUGAAAGAGCCCGCAACAGAGGAAUGCCAGCUACCCCAAGGGACGGGUCUGCUGUGGAGAUCGUGGGUCUCAGUAAAUCAGCAGUUCGCUGGCUGGUGCAACUGCACCAGGAGAAGUUGUUCCCCUACGAUGUUGUCUCAGUGAUGAGAGAUGGAAAACAAGUGAACAUCUCCUAUGAGGAGUGGAAUAAAACAAUUCAAGAUAACUUUGAGAAGUCGUUCUAUGUGUCUCAGGACCUGUCUGAUCCUAAUGAGAAGCACUCAAAACUAAUUCACAAGAGAGGGAUUUACAAGGACAGCUAUGGGGCCUCCUGCCCCUGGUGUGACUACCAGCUCAGACCGAAUUUCACCAUAGCCAUGGUGGUGGCUCCUGAGUUGUUCACCCCAGAGAGGGCCUGGCAAGCCCUGGAUGUGGCAGAGAAGAAGCUCCUUGGUCCCUUGGGAAUGAAGACCUUGGACCCAGAUGACAUGGUGUACUGCGGUGUCUACAACAAUGACCUGGAUAAUGACAACUAUAAUGUCGCUAAGGGUUUCAACUAUCAUCAGGGACCGGAAUGGCUUUGGCCAGUUGGUUACUUUCUGCGUGCCAAACUGUAUUUUGCCAGGAAACUGGGGACUGAAGUGUACAACAACACUGUGAAAUUAGUGAAGAAUGUCCUGUCACGUCACUAUGUACACCUGGAGAGAUCUUCCUGGAAAGGCCUGCCAGAACUCACCAAUGAGAACGGGCAGUAUUGUCCAUUCAGCUGUGAGUCCCAAGCCUGGUCCAUUGCCAGCAUCCUCGAGGUCCUUUACGACCUCUGAAGUGUUUGUUACAAUUUAAAUACAAGUGAUUAUUCAGGAAACAUUCAAUCUCCCAGCACUGAAUUUUGUUUUUGUCAAUCCAUUUUAUUUAUGUUUUUAAAUAGUUUUACAAUUUUGCACAGACUACAUAAAUAUGUUUAGCCAAACAAAAAAAAAAUUAAACUAGAAAUGUGACUUAAUUAGGUGCAAAAAAAGAUAUCUGAUACAGCUAAUUCAGCUGCUAAUUGACAGCUUUUUUUUUUUAAUUAAGAAUGAAUGGAAUGUCAGUUACUGAAUGAUAGUGUUAAAUCUCCCCAACAAAGACUGAUUUUUAAGCCCUGUUGUAAUUGUAGAACAUUUCAUCCGGUUUUCUUUUAGCUCUGUUGUCUUUUUAACGUACAAUCUUGCAAGACUAGAAAGACAUAAUCUAGUUUUUAGCCACUGAUGAGGGGGCAGCUACUGUAUGUGUGUGCUUUAGCAUUUGCUUGUUGGGUACCAAAUAGCCUUUAAUAAGCUUGCCCUUUAAAUUAGAUGCAACCUAAACCUGAACAUAUAGAAAUGCUUCCAGAUUAUAAUAUAAUGUUUUGUGUGUGUGCUGUGUGGUAAUCUAUGUGUUUUUCGUAAAUGUCGACAAAGGUCUGACGACUGUUAUUGAGGCAGAGGGAAUUGUGUACCAGGUAAUGUGGUGCCUGCUGUCAUUUGUAGAGGUGGUAGUCUACACAGACCUUUUUAUUUUUGUUGUGUAUUUUUUACAGCCUUUUUUUCCAGUGAGAAAUGAUGUAAUUGCAUCUAUUAAUAUACAGUAUUGUAGUGGAUUAUUUCUUGGUCACUGGUAUACUGUGAUUUGGUGAUUUAGAGAAAUCCCUACUGUCUCUGUGUGUUAAUGAUAUAAAUGUUCUCCUCAAGCA